UAAGCACACAAUCCUCUUAUCAGCCGAGCAAACGCCACGUAGGCAAUGAUGAAAUAAAACGCGAAUAAAAUCCUUGCAAACGUUUCACUCCUUUCCAUCUUCCAAGUCGCAAAAAAAUCCACUCCACAAAAUGAAGUCGUUAUUCCAGAUUAUAAAGAUUUUCGUCACCGUGUCCUUGCUAAAUUUGCAAGUUGGAUUCGUCAAUUGUGGAGGAAUACCGAACAUCAUUUCAACCAUUGGCGAAGGCCCGGAAUUAUUGAAUCGUCUCGGGCCAGACGGAGUGUUGAAUGGAAAAUAUUUCCCGGACGAUUUACUCCAAAACGUUCAAGGAUUUGGCAAUAAUGUGCAAUUGGUUGUGAAUCAAGUCAUAUUUAAUGGAGUUCAAACAAUGGCCCGGCCGGAAAACAUUGUGUCGAAACUUUCCAAUUCCAUUGCAACCCCAAAGUUGCUCAUUGGACUUCAAACUUUUGUCGGUGGUGCUAUCGCCAUGGGAUACACGACCUAUCACAAACAGGAAAUGCACCGAUUGCUAGAAACCAUGGAGGAAAUCACGGGCAGGUUACGGUCCCUACAACAGGACACCAAAGAAAUCGAUUAUAUUCUGAGAAGAAUUCGAAAUACGUUGGACAAGGUUAAAGAAAAAAUGGCAAGAUUCACUAUUUCAACCACCACGGAAGACAUAGAUAUUCUACUAUCAUUUAUGAAUAACACGUUUGGCCUUGCAAAAGAUGCAAAAGAAAAGAUGGCCUCACUAUUUCACAAGCUGAAGAAGGACAUAUCUAAUUCAAAACAGUUAAAGGAUCAAUUCCAUAAAAACCAUGUCAACACAGCCCUUACAGGAGUUGCCUCGCUAGGCGUUUUGGCUACGUUUGGCGCUGCGCCUGUCACAAUCCCAGUUACUCUUAUCGCCGGAUAUUUUUCAUAUAAGUACAAAAUGAGUGAGAACGAGGUCAAGGAUCAUAUUGUCAAGUUGAAUCGCUUAAUGGAAAAAUUGUACAAGUAUGAGAUCAACUUGAUGGAAAUGGAAAUCGAAAUGGAUAGUGCAAUGCUUGAGUUAAAAUUGCUCCGUGUCAAAAUUAAUGCCGAGGAGAAGAAGAAGGCCGAAGAACUCCGAAAAGCCGAGGAACUCCGAAAAGCUGAGGAACUCCGAAAGGCCGAAGAACUCCGAAAAGCUGAGGAACUCCGAAAGGCCGAAGAACUCCGAAAAGCCGAGGAACUCCAAAGGAUCGAAGAUCGAAAAUUUGCGGACAACUUAAAAAUUUCCGACGAGCUGAGAAAAGUUGAGAACCUUAGGAAUGAUGAGAACUUAAGGAAUUUAGAGAACCUUAGAAAUAUCGAGAAGCUCAUGUACUCGGAAAAACUUAAAAAUGCCGAGCUAAGGAAUAACUACAUGGUAGUCUUCGUACUUGGCGGGCUUUUUGCAGUAAUCAUUAUCGUUGACAAGGCCUACAUCAAUCACAAUUUAAAGCUAACCUUCGCCCUUAUCAUUGCGGCUGUUGUAGUGAAGCUUACACUAAUUGUUUAAUUCAUAAUGCUGUGUAUCCUUUCCAAUUUGUCUACAUACAUAACAAAAUUUAAUGAAGAAAUUACAGCUUAAAUCGACCGUUUCUUGAUUAUUCCACUUGAUGUAGCAAUUUUACUGUUUUAAUUUGGAGUGUUAUUCUUGGAUUCACAAAUUGCAACACUUUGUCACAUAUUUAUGAUUCACUAAGGUAAUAAAUCAGUAAUAAAAAAAGUUAAAUAAAUGCA